CGCCAACCUCCGCCGUCAACACUCUCCCUUUUCCCUUCUGUCUUCAAAUUUGAAACCCACAGUCGGUGGCCGAUUCAGAAGAACAAGACCCAACCUAUCUUCUCAACCAAAUGUCGGAGGAGCGGACGGUGUACGAAGCGGAGUGGGCAAUCAUGACCCUGGCUGCGUAUGGCGGCGGCGACAGGAUGGAUUUCUUGAUGAUUUCGGGGUCGGAAAGGAUGCGCCGCCACGAUUUGCUGACGCAGCGGCUUCGGCAGACCGGCGGAGGGUGUCGGCAGCUUGGACAAGAUUUGGAGUGCGAGGCCCUUGAGGAUGUGAGCGGCGGCGUCGCGCGGAUCGUAGGCGAUCGCCUUGUCGGCUUGCUCCUCGGCUUGCUUGGCUAGGGUUGAGCGGGUGGCGGAAACGGAGCUCCGCCUGGCCUGGGAGAGGAGCUGGGCGCCGCGGACGAACUGGCGAUUGGCCUCGGCGUCGGCGCAAGGGCGCGCUGGCGGAGCUUGGCGUAGAUCUUCUGGGGGAUGCUGUGGGAGUAGAGGAACAUGAAGACCGUGACGCCAAUCUCGAGGACUUGGAGAAGUAUGUCGGUCACCAUUCGGUCCAUUCCCCCCCCCCCCCUCUAUUUGUGCUCUGCUCUUAUUUUGAGCUUUGCUCCGGUGAAAGUGAUAGCUCUGGCGGGGUGAAUAAGAGAUGGGGGAAUUG